UGUUGGGAACCACUGGACCAACCUAGUGAUCAACCGAUCGCUACCACCACCAACACUGCUAUGCUCACUGGUAGCAGCUUGACUGCUACCCGUAGAUGCGCGAAGCAUAAAUAUUUGUAAACAAUAAUAAAUCAGCCAUUGUAAUAGUCCGCGCUUCCCGCGAAUGUUUGUACUUUGUGGUCCGUAGUUUUAAUAAAGUUUUAGUAUGUUUGUUUUGUACGUUCGCGUCUAAUUUAUGUGCAACGAUGCACUCGACCACCCCGCCGGCGCGUACGUAACAGUGGCGACGAGGAAAAAGUGAAUUUUUGAGAACAUUUUCGCGCGAGUGAGUGAAAGUGUUUCCUUCACGGAAGAGGAGGAGGAUCUCGGAAGACAGAAUGUUUUCCCCACCUAGAGGUGACCGGUCAGGAUCAGUGCCGCCGGCGAAUGGACUGCAGCAGCAUCCAGCAGUUCCAAAUCACCAGCCGGGAGUGUCAUUUCAGCCACAGCAACCACCGUCGGUUCCAGUCAUCAACCCUCCUCCGUUCCUGCAGACCAGUGGUUCACAAGCUGGUUCAUACGUACCACAGCAGCAACAGCAAAAUGUUUCGUCGGUCGAUCCGGUGACGCUGCAACUUUUUCAGCAGAUGCAACAGCAAAUCAAUCUGCAAUUUCAGCAGCAGCAGGCGUUCCUCACCCAGCAGUUGGACGUAUUCCGGACGGCGAUGUCGGCAAUCCAGGUCAGUGUUCCGACGAAUCCGGAGCAAAUACUCGACUCGCUGGCGUGUAACAUCCGUGAGUUCCGGUACGAACCGGACCAAAACGUUACAUUUGGCGGAUGGUUCGUUCGUUACGAGGAUUUGUUCGCUAAAGACGCCGUUCGACUCGACGAUGAAGCCAAGGUCAGGUUGCUGCUACGGAAGCUAGGCCCAUCGGAGCACGAGAGGUACACCAGCUACAUCCUCCCAAAGAGUCCCAACGCAAUCAGGUUCGACGACACGGUGAGUAAGCUGAAAAGCUUAUUCGGAACACCAGAGUCUGUGAUCAGCAGGCGGUAUCGGUGCUUGCAAGUCAAGAAGCAAGUGACCGAGGAUUACAAGACGUUUGCCUGUCGGGUGAACAAACUUUGUGUCGAGUUCGAACUUGGGAAGCUCUCGGAGGACCAAUUCAAGUGCCUCAUGUUCGUCUGUGGGCUGAAGGCGGAAAGCGAUGCGGAGAUCAGGACGAGGUUGCUUAGCCGCAUUGAAGAGCGGGAUGACGUAACCCUGGAGCAGAUUUCAGAUGAGUGUCAACGACUUCUCAACAUCAAACACGAUACGGCGAUGAUCGAGUCAGCGUCGUCGUCGGCAGCAGUGCAAUCACUGAAGAAGCAGGACGGAAAGAAGAACUACCGUUCCGAGAGGGGAUCAGCAGAAUCAAGAUCCAGUCCUCAGAAGGGCGCCCGUCCAGCAACGCCUUGUUGGAACUGCGGUGCCAUGCACUACUCCAGAGACUGUCCGUUCCAGAAAAACCGGUGCAAGGAAUGUGGUCAAACCGGUCACAAGGACGGAUACUGCUCCAGCGCGAAGAAGAUCAAGUCUCCCAGCAAGCGGUACACAGGAAGGCAAGCGAACACAAGAAGUGUGCAGGUGAAGAACAUCCGGAAGCGACGAAGGUUCGUGAAAGCGGAGGUCAACGGCAGGCAAGUCAGUCUGCAGCUCGAUACUGCGUCGGACAUCAGCAUCAUCUCCGAGCAGACCUGGCAGAAGAUCGGGCAACCUGCAUCAACUCCAGCGACCGUCCAAGCAGCAACAGCGUCGGGUAAACCCCUGAAGUUACAGUUUCAGUGUUGCUGUGAAGUCGCCAUCAAGGGAGAGAAGCGCACUGGUCGGUUCUUUGUAGUCAAGCAGCAGCUCAAUUUGCUUGGACUAGACCUCAUCGACGCGUUCAACCUCGGGUCGGUGCCAAUGGACCAGUUCUGCAACCAGGUUCGCAGCUCUCCGACUUCCGUCAGCUCCCUCAAAGCAGCCUUCCCGGGGGUUUUCAGCGAUGCACCAGGGCUGUGCACGAAGGCGAAGGUAAAGUUCACGCUGAAAGAAGGAAAAUCCCCAGUGUUCCGGCCGAAGCGACCAGUGGCUUACGCCAUGUACAGCACCGUCGACGCCGAACUGGAUCGGCUUGAAAACGCGAACAUUAUCACCCCAGUCGACUUUUCAGAAUGGGCAGCUCCCAUCGUCGUUGUUCGCAAAGCAAGUGGCGCCGUUCGUAUCUGUGGAGACUACUCCACGGGCCUCAACGACGCUCUCCAGCCACAUCAGUAUCCGCUUCCGCUGCCGGAGGACAUCUUUGCUAAGUUAGCGAACUGCAAGGUGUUCAGUCAAAUCGACCUGUCGGAUGCGUUCUUGCAGGUAGAAAUGGACGAAAGCUGCCGGGAGAUGCUCACCAUCAACACUCACCGAGGUCUCUACCGGUACAAUCGGCUCCCACCAGGAGUGAAGGCAGCACCCGGAGCAUUCCAGCAGCUCGUGGACACGAUGCUCGCUGGGCUAGAAUGUACGUCGGGCUAUCUCGAUGACGUUCUGGUCGGCGGCGUAGACGAAGCAGAUCACCAGCGUAACCUCGAAGCAGUUCUACGUCGCCUCCAAGAAUUCGGAUUCACCAUCAAGGCCGAAAAGUGCUCAUUCGGCCAAAAGCAGAUAAAGUACGUCGGGCAUCUCAUCGACGAGCAAGGUCUGCGUCCGGAUCCAGCGAAGAUCGAAGCAAUCUGCAACAUGCCAGCACCAACCAACGUCACCGAAGUUCGCUCGUUCCUGGGAGCGAUCAACUACUACGGGAAAUUCGUCCCGAGUAUGCGCAAGCUUCGCUAUCCGCUAGACGAGCUCCUCAAAGCAGACAGGAAGUUCGCCUGGACAGCGGAGUGCGAGAAGUCCUUCACCACGUUCAAGCAGGUUCUUCAGUCGGAUUUACUUCUGACGCAUUACAAUCCGCAGCUUCCUAUAGUGGUUUCAGCGGAUGCAUCAUCGGUAGGAGUUGGGGCGACCAUCAGUCACAAAUUUCCAGAUGGGUCGCUGAAGGUAGUGCAGCAUGCAUCCAGAGCACUGACAGCCGCCGAACAAGCCUACAGUCAGCCAGACCGCGAAGGACUUGCGAUCAUCUUCGCCGUGACCAAGUUCCACAAGAUGCUGUUCGGACGGCAUUUCACGCUACAAACCGACCACGCACCACUGCUUCGAAUCUUCGGUUCGAAGAAAGGCAUCCCAGUCUACACAGCGAAUCGGCUUCAGCGUUGGGCACUUCAGCUGCUACUCUACGACUUCGACAUCGUCUACGUGAACACCGAGAAGUUCGGGAACGCCGACGUUCUGUCCCGGCUCAUCAACCAACACGUCAAGCCGGAAGAAGACUUCGUCGUAGCCAGCGUCAUCACCGAGAACGAUGUAAGAUCGAUAGCAUUAGAUGCAGUUGAUGCACUUCCUCUCCAUUUCAGGGCGAUUCAGCAGGCCACCCGCUCCGACCCUGUUCUUAGCAAGGUCUACCGCUACAUUCAGCAAGGUUGGCCAAAUUCCAAAACUGCCAUCCAGGACCGAGAGGUUCAGCGGUUCUUCGACCGUAGCGACUCACUGUCCACGGUUCAAGGGUGCGUCAUGUUUGCUGAACGCCUUGUGAUUCCCAGCGGUUUCCGGAUGCGUUGCCUACACCAUCUCCACCGAGGCCAUCCGGGGAUCCAGCGCAUGAAAGCGAUUGCGCGCAGUUACGUGUACUGGCCGUCGAUCGAUUCGGACAUCGCUGCGCACGUCAGUGGUUGCCGCAGUUGCGCAGCUGCAGCCAAAAGUCCGCCCAAAUCAGCGCCGCUGUCGUGGCCCAAAUCAACACAUCCGUGGCAGCGGGUUCACAUCGAUUACGCUGGGCCUAUCGAGGGAGAAUACUUCCUGCUCAGCAUCGAUUCGCAUUCCAAGUGGGUGGAAAUCGUCCGGACCAAGUCGAUCACAGCCUCAACUACCAUCGGAAUCCUACGGAGUCUGUUCGCUCGCCUCGGCAUGCCAGAAACGCUAGUCAGCGACAACGGAACGCAGUUCACCAGCGCCGAGUUUGCGCAGUUUUGUCUGGAGAGCGGGAUCAAUCACGUGACCACCGCACCGUUCCACCCGCAGUCCAACGGUCAGGCAGAACGUUUUGUGGACACAUUCAAGCGAGCGAUCAAGAAAAUCCGAAAGGGGAGAGGAGCUAUCCAAGAAGCACUGGACACCUUCCUGAUGACAUACCGUUCGUCACCGAAUCCGUCAGCACCCGAAGGCAAAUCUCCGUCUGAAGUCAUGUUCGGGCGCAAAAUACGGACCAGCCUGGACUUGCUUCGUCCGCCAACAACAGUCCAGCCGUCGAACGAUCAUCAAGCUGCACGGUCAUUCGGGAAAGGUGAUCUGGUGUACGCCAAGGUGCACUCGAACAAUUCCUGGAGAUGGGCACCGGCGGUAGUAUUGGAGCGGAUAGGUAACGUCAUGUUCAACGUGUGGGUGGAAGACAGGCGUAUGCUUCGGUCGCACAUCAACCAGUUGCGUAGCCGAGCAGGUGCUGACAACACACCAAAUCCCAGCACGAUUCCGUCCAAGGCCGGCAAACAUCAGUUGCCUUUGGACAUCCUGCUUCAAGCCUGCAAUCUGCAUCAGCCAAGUCAUGCUCAUUCAGUACGCCAUUCUCCAUCACGUUCACCUUCGCUAACUCUAGCACCAUCCGUUCCGGUGGCACAGAUGCCAUCGACGCUUGCAGCACCAUCCGAGCACUCGACUCCACUGCAAGCUACACCAGCUCAACCGAGCCUGGUCUGGGUUUCUCCAGCCACGACGGAGACUCGUGAGUCGUCUUCUGUGUCAGCGUCAACGUCCAGAUUCCCAUCAUCGGCAACAAGCUCCGCAGAGUUUAUGUCAGCAACAGAGACCGAAACAGCUGGCCCGUUACCUCGCCGCUCUUCACGUCAACGAAGACCGCCGAUAAGGUUCGACCCGUACCAGCUGUAUUAAGAGGGGAGAUGUUGGGAACCACUGGACCAACCUAGUGAUCAACCGAUCGCUACCACCACCAACACUGCUAUGCUCACUGGUAGCAGCUUGACUGCUACCCGUAGAUGCGCGAAGCAUAAAUAUUUGUAAACAAUAAUAAAUCAGCCAUUGUAAUAGUCCGCGCUUCCCGCGAAUGUUUGUACUUUGUGGUCCGUAGUUUUAAUAAAGUUUUAGUAUGUUUGUUUUGUACGUUCGCGUCUAAUUUAUGUGCAACGAUGCACUCGACCACCCCGCCGGCGCGUAC